AUGCACAGACGAUCAUCUGUGGCCACUGGCAAGCGCUCGAGAGCAAAGGAACCAAAAGACUCGGGAACUGAGAUGGAGACUCUGAAGUCAUUUAAUAUUCCUGCUUAUGGAGACUUUCUCUACACACGAGUCGAUGUUCAUUUUGGAAACUCGCCGAAGCCUUGUACACUGCUGUUUGACACAGGUGCUGGAUUUACGUGGAUAAACAAAGAACUCUAUGAGACAACCACCCCUAGUGUUGGCAGAAGGCUUAGAAUAACGGUCAAAAUAAAGUAUGAAUUUGCCACGGAAGAGGACGAUAUCAUUGGCGAGUUAUAUGAGAACUCAAUCUGGUUUGGCCAUGGCAAUCCGGUCAAUAAGAAGUUCGUAUUCGCGGUUGUUGAUGAACUGAAUCAGCCGUUAGUUUCCAAACUGAAAUGGCAGAGAAAUAUUCUCGGUAUUCUUGGGUUUCAACCAGGAGAAAAACCUUUCUUCAAACAGACAAGUAUAGAAGCGCCAUCAGCAUCCUAUAUGCUCUUAAACAAGCCUACUUUAUAUGCUCCGAUUAUGAGUAUUGACUUCAGAAUGCCUAAACAAAAAGCAUAUCAAUCUGUUAGUAUUAGCAAAAUAGCAGCGCCCGGUCAUAUUCGCAUUGGCGAAGUCGAGAGUAAUGCGUUAGAUCAUCGUCAUUGGAUUUGGCACAAUGCAACUAAGCUAUCAAGGUCAAAACUGGCAACUACAAAGAAACCAAUGAUAAUUUUGGGGCAUGUCUGGAUCACGCGCUACGACAUUGUCUUUGACUAUGGUGGAUCGAGGAUCGGUCUUGCAGAGGCUGAAGGAAAAACUGACUAUACGUGGGAUGAACUGCAUUGA